AAGAAAACGGCGCCAGCCGUAGCUUUUUUUUCCCACUCAUCAGAAAUACUGUUGUAUUGUCCCAUCUGUGAUAAUAUUUCAGCAACCAUGUCUUCAGUUCAGCAUCUCAGAGAGUUUAUCAGAGAGCGACUAACUGCUGCUGCUCAAGAAAUCUUCACAGAGGUUGAAAAAACCAUCAUUUACUACGAGGAAGAGCUCGAUGCUCAGCGCAGAAUGAUGGGGGUUAACUUGCACCAACAAGUAAAGCUCAACAGAAUCGGUUCGGAGCUGCACAGACAAACUUCUGACCUCCGACAGCCACAUUUCUCCAUUGAGGAGCAAACCUUUCCCAUCCAACAGGUUUGUAAUCAGGGGAGGAGGUCCAGUCAUGACCAGGAGGAAUCGGGACAUCAAUGGACUGGAGAACCUCCAUGUAUUAAAGAGGAAGAUGAGGAUCCAAAAUCACCUCUGAUUGAUGAACAGGACAUUCAAGAAAAUAAAUGGAUUAAGGAAGAGGAGGAAUCAGAACCUCAACUGAUAAUUGUAGAAAAGAAGGAACCAGAUUAUUCAGUGCUUCAACAUGAACAUCAUGGACCAGAACAUUUACCAACCAGGCAGGACCAGAAUGAACUAUGCAGCAGUCAGGAGGGACAGCAUCUUGUCCAAAAGCUGUUUGUUGCUCUGAUGGAUACUUCUGCUCUUCAAGAAGAUGAUAUGAGUGAUGGAGGACCUCAAACUGAGCAGCUCUCCUUUCAGAUCUUUCCUGUAGUUGAGAGCAAAGAUCAGGGAGGAAGCAGCUCCACUGUUUCAGAGAGUCAUUCUCAUAAUGAGGCACAGGCACAUUUUUACAGAACCCACACAUGUGGGAAGCCUUUUUUAUGUGAAACGUGUGGAAAAAGUUUCACUCGAAUAGAUCAUCUAAAUUUUCACAAGAAAAUUCAUACAGGUGAGAAGCCUUUUUCGUGUGAAACAUGUGGAAAACGUUUCUCUCGAAUUAGUCAUUUAAGGCUUCACAAGAAAAUUCAUACAGGUGAUAGACCUUUUUUUUGUGACACAUGCGGAAAAUCUUUUAUUCAGAGCUCGGACUUAAAUGUCCACAGACGAAUCCACACAAAUGAGAGGCCAUUCUCUUGUCAGACAUGCGGAAAAAGUUUCACUCGAAAAAGUAAUUUGAAUGUUCACAGGAAAACUCACACACAACAAAAAAGUUUUUCUUGCCAGACAUGCGGACAACAUUUUCUCCGACCUGGUAAUCUGAUGUCCCACAUGAAACUAAAACAUAACGGUGAGAGGGAGACGUUUGACUCUCACACAGAGUUGACAUUAUAAAUUUUUAAACUUUUCUUAGAAGUGCCCCAAAAUUACUUCAUUUUCAUUUUCGCAAUUAAAAACUGCAGCGUAGAGCCCCAGAAGUGCAGGUAAAUAGCCAAUCGUUUGUGGUUGCUUGUUGUGGUUUCAUCAGAACCUGGUUUAGUCUUCCGGUUUUCUGGGUUAAGUUUUUGUUUGUAGCCAUGAUUAUUUUGUUGUAUACCAUUGUGUUUUAGUUUGUUUAGGUUGAAAGGCCUCUGCUGUCUAGUGUCAUUAGUUUAUUCUCAAAAACUUUGUUUUGAUGGAAUUUGAUGGAAGCUGCUUUUUGCUCAGUUAAAUUGCAGGUAAUCACAAUUUAGUUUGGUAUUCCUAAAUAUUACAUAUUUUGCAAGUUAAGGAACAGGACUGUAAUUUUUGGCUAAUUUAGCCCUCCAUGCUAUUUUGCCAGUUGAAUAUUAUAUCAUUAUGUAGUUGUAGUCAUUUUUUUGAUCAUUUUUUUGAAUCUUUAUGCUGGACUAGGAAGGGAAAUAAAAACAUUUUCACCAGCUACCACUGUUUAAGAGUAACGGUGAAAUAAUGGGUUUAUCAGAACUUUUUUUGUCAGGUCUUAAGAUACUUCUAAGUUUGUGAACGGCAACAUAAUUUAUGGACAAAUGUCAUAUUUUGUGCUACCUUCCACUCACGCUAUCCAAGUUAUGCCUGUUUACAGAUUGUUUUUUUCAUAGGGAGUAUCUAUGAAAUAUUUAAAAGAAAAUGCUGCAUGGGAGGCUAAAAUACUUUGACGAAGUACUACUUGAUACACUAUUGGCUGGUAUUUGCAAAACAGCCACUGUAUAAGCGCCGUUUAUUUUCCUUGCAGCUGAUUGGUUGUACUCUUAAUAGUUGAGAUAAUGAAGUCCUCUGAUGUUGACUGUUCAGGUUAUCUCAAGAUUGUACAAUCUCCUAUGCAUAUUAAGGUUUAUGUGCCGUUUAAACUUUUUCAAUUGGCCAUGUUUAGAUUAUCAAGUAUUUGUGGAGUUUAGCUAUUCGACCGUGAUUGUGGUCCUUGACUCGCUAAAGAGUGCAGUUAGGGACAAAGCUAAUAAACAAUAGGAAACCUCCUUUUAUUGAUAGGAACAUUU